GCAGCGACAGGGGGAAUCAUAAGAUUAUCCACGGGAAGCCCAACGAAAUAUCAAAACACACAGAGAUCAAGUUCGUCAUCAGACCAGAGAAGCUCUUUGAUCAUUGAUUCUCAGAGGAAGCCAUGGCUGAACUACUUCUCUCGGCCUUGAUACCAAUUGUUAAGGAGAAGUCGGUGGACUAUGUCCUCCAACAGUUUGGGGCGAUGUGGGGCAUUAAGGACGACCUGGAGAAGCUGAGGAGAACACUGCUCCGAAUCCAGUCUGUGCUUAGAGAUGCAGAGGAGAGGCAAGUUAAGGAGCAGGCAGUGAAAAGCUGGUUGGCAGUACUCAAGGAUGCAGCCUAUGAUGCAGACGACAUCCUGGAUGAGUUCAAUUAUGAAGUUCUGUGGAGCAAGGCAAAAAUUCAGGAUGAUAUUGGGAACAAGGUACGCGAUUUCUUUUCGCUACAUAACCCUUUUCUGUUUCGGCUAAUUAUGGGGAAGAACUUGAAAGAUAUUGUGGAGAGGAUAGAUAGAAUUGCAGCAGAGGGUGAUCAGUUUGGAUUUAGAAGCACAGCACAGCCACACACGGAGAGUAGAACACAAACCCACUCCCAUGUUGAUGAAUCACGUGUCGUCGGUAGACUGGAAGAUAAAGAAAAAAUAGUGAAGUUGCUGCUCCAACAAUAUGAGAAGGAGAAUCUCACAGUCCUUCCCAUAUACGGCAUGGGAGGGCUGGGUAAGACUACCCUUGCUCAACUGGUCUACGGAGACCCCAGGGUGAAGAACCAUUUCCAAAAGCUCAUAUGGGUCUGCGUAUCUGAAGAGUUUAAUGUUGAAAAGCUGGUUAAAUCAAUCAUAGAUACAGCCACAGGCACAAAGUGUGAUCUGCCGAACAUGGAUUUAUUGCAGCACCGCCUUCGAGAAGAGUUGAGUGGGAAAAGGUAUCUACUUGUCAUGGACGACGUUUGGAAUGAAGAUCCAGUGAGGUGGGACGAAUUCAAAGAUCUGUUAGGAUCUAGCAGGGAAGGCAGUACAAUCCUUGUAACUACCCGUAGUGAGCAGGUCUCACGGAUCUUGCGCACAGUUCCUCCUUAUAGUUUAUCAUUUUUAUCUGAUGAUGAUUCCUGGACUUUGUUUAGGCAAAGAGCAUUUACACCAGGAGCUGGAGAACGUCCAGAGCUGAUUGAAAUUGGCGAGGGGAUCGUGAAAAAGUGUGGGGGACUACCGUUAGCAGUAAAGGCUCUAGGGAGUUUGAUGCGCACCAAAAAAGAAGUAAAGGAUUGGGUGGAUAUAAUGAAAAGUGAGAUUUGGGAUAUCGAGUUUGGUGAACAAAGAAUCCUUGCUGUUUUGAAGUUGAGCUACAAUCACUUGCCUCCACAUUUGAAACAAUGUUUUGCCUUCUGCUCCAUAUUCCCCAAAGAUUAUGAGAUGGAAAAAGAUAUGCUGAUCCAACUGUGGAUCGCUAAUGGAUUCAUUCCAUCUGAAGGAAGAAAGGAGUUGGAAGUUUUGGGUGAAGAGAUCUUUGAUGAACUGGUUUGGAGAUCCUUCUUUCAGGACCUUCGGCAACGUGCUUACAACUACAAAUUCGAUCAUGGAUAUCAAAGCGCAGCGACAUGCAAGAUGCAUGACCUGAUGCAUGACCUUGCAACAUCUAUCAUGGGGAGCGAAUGUGCGCCGUUAUUAGAAACUGGUCAUUUGGAAGCAUUACCUGAUAACAUCCGCCAUUUGUUUGUAUCUGGCCCUCGCCAAUUGGACAUUGGUAAGACCCUAAAUAAAUUCCCGACCAUCUUCACACUCUUGCUGCCCCAUACUUACUUGGAUAUGCGGACUGCUGAUUUGUCCAAGGCCAGGUCCCUGAAAGUUUUAAGCUUGGAGUAUACAAAUUCUAUAGAAUUGCCGGUUAAGAUAAGAUAUUUGAAACAUCUAAGACACCUUGACCUCUCUGGGACUGAUAUUGCAGAACUUCCUGAAGCCACCAGCGAGCUUUUCAAUCUACAGGUCCUUAAACUCGAUUACUGCGAGAAAUUAUGUAAACUACCAGAAGCAAUGAGAAAUAUGAGAAGCCUCAGGCACCUAUAUAUACAUCAAUGCGAUAGUUUGAAGCACAUGCCAGCAGGUAUGGGGCAAUUAAGUUCCCUGAAGACGUUGACGAAGUACAUUGUAGGUGACGACGAUGCUGAGAGGGGCAUAAGAGAGCUGAAGGGCCUAAAUCUUGGUGGCCACCUUGAGCUCUAUAACCUGGAGAAAGUGAGGGGCACGGAAGAUGCUUCAGAGGCUAAUCUAGGUUCCAAACAAAAUCUACAGUCAUUAGCAUUAUGUUGGGGAGUUGGGGUGUGGCUUACCGGCUACUAUUCAGUAGAGGCAGAAGAUCAUUCUUUUGAUGAAGAGGCAGAAAAAGCUCAGAAUGUGUUGGCAGCGCUCGAACCUCCCAGCGGCUUGAAAAUGCUGGUAGUAUGGCGGUAUGCAGGUUUACGCUUUCCUGUGUGGAUGAUGGACCGUCUUGAUCUGCUCCGCAAUCUGGUGGAGAUCCAUCUAGGAUCCUGCAGACGCUGCGAGCAUCUCCCACCACUAUGGCAGCUGCCCGAUCUUAAGGUCCUGUCCUUGUGUAAAAUUGACUCAAUCAAGCACCUUCAGAGCAGUGGAAGAGAGGGUACAGUGCAACCAUUCCCUUCACUUAAACAUCUACGGCUAGAUAGAAUGCGGGGCUUGGAGAGUUGGUGGGGAGAGGAAGGCGGAGACCCAGCACCACCCUGUUUUCCUCUGCUUGUCCAGAUAGAAAUCAGAGACUGCCCAAACCUGACUUCCAUGCCAGUGCUUCCUUCUCUCCGCGAAUUGGCAAUAAAAGGAAAUAACAAGAUACCGUUGGAGUCUGUGCUCAGCCAUACCACACUAUCCUGCCUCGAUAUCGAAACCUCUGGUGCAAAUACCAGCAGCGAGACACGGUCGCCGUCCUUUCCACAGGCAAGUAUUUCAUCAUUAAAGCACAUGAACUCUCUGGAAUCGUUAAGCAUCACAGGCAGCGAAGAGCUGAGGCCUCUGCUGGAGCGGGAGGAUGAGACGAGGGGUUUCAGCUCAACCCUUCAAUUUUUGGGCUUGAAUAAAUGCAAUUGGUUGUUCUCAAGGCAGCUGCCAUCAUCACCGUUGGAAAUUUGGACAAACCUUACUUCUCUCCGACGAUUGACAAUCAGGAACUGCGAUGCUCUCCUAUUCUGGCCAGAGGAGGAACUUCAAGGUUUAAUUUCCCUGAAGAGCUUAGAAGUUAGAGAGUGUCAAAAUCUGACUGGCACAUCAUCGGCACCAGAAUCACCAUCAUCAAUGGAACGAGGACUCGCACCGCACCUUGAAUUCAUAGGCAUUAUUGACUGCAAAAACCUGAUGGAGUUGCCCAAGUUACCCGCAUCUCUGAAGUCAUUGUACAUCGACAACUGCCCGAACAUGAAGGCCUUGACAGACCAACUGGGACACCUCCCCGCUCUGAAGCGUCUCUAUAUCCGCAAAUGUUCAGGUCUAACGUCUCUACCUCAGUGGCUGAGACACCUUACGGCACUUGAGAAUCUGAUCCUUAUCGAAUGUACCAGCUUAACAUCUUUGCCGGAAGGGAAGCAAGGGUUCACUACUCUUCGGCGUCUGGAGAUCAAGGACUGUCCCCAAUUGACAACGUUACCAGCAGCCCGACAACAGCGACUCCCCAGCCUCCAAAUACUGGUCAUCAAGGGUUGCCCCGACCUGGAGAGACGAUGCAAAAGAGGAGGAGAGUACUGGGAUCUCGUGUCUCUCUUGCCAGCUCCAGAAAUAGGAGAGCAGAGCAGGGAACAACCACCAUCCUUCUGCAGCAGCCCUUGCUUGGACUGUUUCUCUCCUGUGUAAUGCCAUCUGAGUAUUCAUGACCAAGUACCAUCUCCUCUCUCUCUCUCUCUCUCCUAUGUAAUGUCGGCUUUCAAUCCAUAGGCAUGAUUAGCUAUAAUAAUUUUAUAUGAUUGAGAUUGAUAAAUGUUAUAUCUGUACGUCAUCGAGAUGGAAACUGUAAUGAACAAGCUAUUGCUGGUGUCUUGC